CCUGCUGCUGCUUCUCUCUCCAAAGAAUGAGAAAUGUGCCAAAUGUGCUGAAGACAGGCAGACGCAGUGAGACAGAACCAGCCAGUUGGCUGGGAAAGGGGCCAAAAGAAUGUCUCCAAGUGUCUCUUUUCCUUUCCCCUUCUCCCGUCUGGCCUUGUCUGCUCCGCAGCGGGAACUCUGCUCGCGACCCCAGCCGAGCCCGGUCCGCGCGGGGCCGCGAGCGGGGCCGAGCGCAGCGCCCCCCUCAGGCCGCGUGCCGCGGGCGUUGUGGCCACACUCGGCGAUCGACGCGAUGGCGGAGCUGCCGCUGCCCGCCGCGCUCAACGCCAGCACCUUCCCCGCCAAGCUGUGGCGCCUGGUGAACAGCGCCGGCGUCCGCUCCGUGCGCUGGGACAGCCGGGGCCAGGGGCUGCUCAUCGACCGCUCCCUGCUGGAGCGGGAGCUGCUCAGCCCGGGCGGCGCCCACGGAGCGGGCGGCGAAGGGGCGGGGCCGGGGCCGGGCCCGGGCCCAGACUCCUUCCAAGCCACGCGCUUCGGCAGCUUCGUGCGCCAGCUCAAUCUCUACGGCUUCCACAAGGUGCCGGGCGAUGCCGGCGGCUGGCUCCACUUCAGGAAUGCCAACUUCGUACGCGACCGCCCCGAACUGCUGCUCCGCAUCCAGCGCCUGACCAGGGCCAACAGGCAGCGGCUGGCGGCGGGGCUGGAGGUGCGCAGCCGCCAGCCCAGCCGCUUCCAGCAGCUGCACACGGAGCGGCCGCUGCCCGCCUUCUGUGCCGGGCAGCCCCCCGGAGCCGCUCCCUCAUGCCGGAACCUCGCAGCUGCAUUCUCACUUGAGGCUUCAGAGCUGUGUCCAGGCCCUUCCAGGGGAUGUGCAGGUACUCAGGAGUCUGAGGCUUCCCCACCACCUGCCAAGAAAGUCUGUGCCUCCUCUGGACUUUUUGGGGCUUCACCAGUGGAACCAUCAAGGGAACUCCUCCGCAGAUUUAGUCUCCACAAGCUCACCAUUCCGCUGGUUCGCAUCGACCCUGAAGCUGCCUGCAGGGUCCUUCAAGAGGGCAGCAGCUGCAAAUCUUCAGAGCAGCACAGCCCAGCCAACAGUGCUGCCUCACGUAGGGAUUCAGAGGUGCCUCCAGGCCCCUCCAGGAUGAGUACAGCUGCUCAAGUGCGUGAGGCUUCCCCAGAACCUCCUGAGGACGCGUUUGUCAACUCUGGACCUCUUGGGGCUUCAUCCGUGGAGGCAGGCGCAUACACAGUUCAAUUCCAGCCUCAGCCUAUCAUUCCGCCAGUUCCCAUGGACCAUGAAAGCACUUUGGUGACAGUUCCAGAGAGCAGCAGCUGCACAUUUCCUGAGCAGCACUUGCCAGCUUACUGCCCAUCAGCCACUCCAGGCACUUCAGCCCCCAGUGCUCCAGCUGGCUGUGCUGGUUAUGCACCAUGGAGAGCCCCCAGGUGGCUCUGGUAUACUCCUGGGGAAGAGGAAUUGCCUCCGCUUGAUCUGGACAUGGUGCUUGAGACACUGGAGGAGAUGCUUUCGUCCUCCCCACGUGAAAGGUCUCCCUCUGCUCAGGGGAAUAUUAUUAAUGUUGCCUCUGAGUCUUCAGGAGGGGAGCCCGUGAACAAGGCUGCAGCAGAAGGAGGUUUGCCUGGCACUGAGAGCUCUGGGAACAGUUCCCAGGAACCCGAGGAGCUUGAUAUCCAUCUGAUCUACCUUGCCAGGAGGGCUGCCCUGCGUGCCAAGGAGAAACCAAGGGAGAGCCUGUGACCAUCGGGCAGGUGGAAUCGCUCUCGUUAUGGACACAUUUAGAGACUUCUAUAGUUAUAUUUUUAUAUCCAUAUAGUUACUUUUAUAGAUUUUCAGAUUUACAUU